AAAAGUCCCCUCAUCACAGGCGUUCCAUAAAAAAGAAGCAGAGUUUCAUCUGGAGCAACAGAGCAACAAACAGAGCAAAACAUGAAAGUUUUUGCCACCUUAUUGGUUUUGGUGAAUUACUUCACCAGCUGCCAAGGUUUGACCUGCAAAGCUGCUCCAAUGCAGUUAUUUGCAAACCAGCUUGAUGCUAGCCAAGGGAUGGUUGUUAUGACUGACACAUCCUCCAAUGUCUUCUUCCUGAGUGGAUCGAGUUGGACCAAACUGGGCUCUGUUCCCCUCAAGCAUGUCUCAGUGGGACCUGCAGGAAUCUGGGGAGUCAGCAAUGAUGACCAAGUCUAUAAAUUUUCUGGUGGCGAUUUCUUUCCUGUUUCAGGUCAGAAGUUGAAGCAGUUGGAUGCUGGUGGAGAAGGGCAUGUAGUUGGGGUUACCGACAGCGACAGCAUCCACUGUCUGGAUGCCAGUAAUGUCUCACCCACUCAGCAGCAGGGCAGUUUGAGUUGGAUUACAGUGCCUGGGUUGCUGAUGCAUUUCAGUUGUGGUCCCAAUACAUGCUGGGGAGUGAACUCCAAUCAAGAUAUCUACUUCAUAAAAAUCUCACCCAACAGCUGUAAGACAAGUGAAUGGACUAAAGUAGAUGGAGCAGCGGUAAAGGCAGAAGUUGGGACUGAUGGACGUGUCUUUGUUGUAAAUAAAGCCGGAAACCUCUUUGAAAGAAUUGGCAUCUCUGACAAAACUCCAGGAGGUGCAAAUUGGAAACUAAUUGAAUUCCAGAAGCCCAUCAAAUAUGUGAGCUAUGACCAGGGACGCCUGUGGAUUGUGACUGAGUGUGAAAUCAUUCUAGAGUGCAUUCAGUAAUCAGCUGGAGGUCCCUGCAUGAUUCAAUUUUUUCACAUUAUUUUGGGGCAUAUGCUUUAUGAUUCUGCUUUAAAUGACUCUAUGACAAGGAAUAAAUAGACGUUUAGAAUAAUUACUUACGUCAAAUUACAUUGGAUAGCUGGGUCUUGUAUUGAUAAAUGAUUACGCUUCGUGUUGACACUUUAAGCUUUCACAUUUAAAAUAUCAAAAUCUUGUCCCAAGGA